AUGUGUCACUUGGGAUGGUUUGAAAAGCUGUUUGAAAAUGUACAAUGUUCAAUUGUUGACUGUCCGGACCUCACGAGUUCUCCUUAUAAUCUGACAUUAAAAGGACUAAACGGUAAGGGGACCAUUUGUGAUGUAGGGAGUUUUGAUUAUCUGUUGCCAGUCCCGAAGAAGGAUAGACAUUAUGAUCUUUUAGAUGUAUUUAAGCUGUCUAAUGUAAAUUCUGGAGUAGCGAUUGGUGCUGCUGCUGGACCUUUCUUCCUGACUGGCUCAAAUUCGGAGAUGGUUAUCAAUAUGGCUUCUUCAAAUGGUACGGUUACAAAUAAUGGAUCGUUAUUAGGAUCAUAUGAUAAAACGAAUAAUAAACCUCUGUUGACUAAAGCUGAUAACAGUAAAUUCGCUUUACUAGGCCAAAUGUUUCUAUGCGAAGGAAAACCUGGACCGGUCAUUGAACUGAUUGUUUCUAAUCGACUUAAAGAAGGGAAAUUCGAUGCAAUGAUUCGUGAAGCCUUACAUGCUAAAUUUAGUAAUGCAAAGAAUCCUGUUGGUUUGGGUGGAGUUAUAGUACAAGAGAAAGGCAAAUCAUUUUAUCAUGUCCUUCCCGAAUUUGCUGAGGAACCUCUUGACUCAGGGGAUAAAGUACGUAAUUGGAUUAAAAUAUUUGAAAUGGAAUCUCCUAUCAUCUCAGUUGGCAUAGCAGUAUCACAUGAUCCGCAUCGACUUGGUCUACGAUUGGAGCAUUUCCAUUGUUUCAAUCAAGAUCAAACCAAUUGUGGUCAUUGUCAUUUUGAUACACACGGUCCAACUGUUGCUUAUCGAGCAUAUUUUUCACUAGCUGAGAAACUAAUACGGAUAGAUCAACCGAACAAAGGUUGUUAG